UUCGUCCCUACUGUCGCCGUCGUCAUCGUGGUCAUCGUCGUCGUCGUCGUCGUCGUCGUCGACGAGAGACCGUCGUGGUGCACGGCAGAUAAGGAUUUUCGCCCUUUCGAUCUUUCGUUUGUCGGCCAUCGUCGCGCGGACGACGCAGCGCGAUGCGUCUGUAAUACGAUCGAGAGCACGAGAGAUAUAAAUCCGGCCCGCAAAAUUGUAAAAUCCGUAAACGUAUCCGUGUUGUUCGAUAUACGCGAUACGCGCGAGUCCGCAAAUAGUUACAGGCCGAGUCGAGGCCUCCGUCGUCGUCGCCGCCGCCGCCGCCGCCGCCGCCGCCGAGUAACGCCCAGGGGAGGAAGCAGCUCGAGGAGAGAAGAGAGUGAUAAAGAGGGAGAGAGGGUGUGUGUAGAGCCGACGACAGCUUCCGUGUCAAAAUGUUCGUCAAAAGAGACAUAAAUGACGCUAAACAGCGUGAAGAAACGGAACCGAACAUUAAUGCAACCACGCCGCGGGAUGCAGCCAUUCCUGACGCAGCCGAUAUAGGGGGUGCUUCCGAUAAACCAAUGGAAACGAAUAUAAAAGCCACAGAAAAGACCACUUUCGGAAAGGAUUUUCAGGACCUCGAAGAAAAAUUCGUAGCAAAAACAGGAAUACCGUCAUGGGGUCUUGUUGCUAUUUUAAUAGCAGUAGGCAUAAUUGUUCUCGGAGUCUGCUUUUGCUGUAUACGAAGAUGUUGUCGCAAACGACGCUCCAAAGAUGGCAAGAAGGGAUUAAAGGGCGCGGUGGACCUAAAGUCCGUGCAACUUUUGGGGAGCACGUACAAGGACAAGGUCCAGCCGGAUAUGGAAGAAUUGACGGACAAUGCCGAAGAACCGGACGAAGCUGAGAGUAAGCAAAGCGAAGUUAAGCUUGGAAAACUACAGUAUAAGCUCGAAUACGACUUUAAUUCGAACAGCCUCGCCGUAACAGUAAUACAAGCGGAAGAACUGCCGGCAUUGGAUAUGGGUGGCACGUCAGAUCCAUAUGUCAAAGUGUAUUUAUUACCGGAUAAAAAGAAAAAAUUCGAGACAAAAGUUCACAGAAAGACGUUGAAUCCAGUCUUCAACGAAACUUUUACGUUUAAGAGUGUUCCUUAUGCCGAUGCUAUGAAUAAAACUCUGGUCUUCGCCAUCUUCGACUUUGAUAGAUUUUCGAAACACGAUCAGAUCGGUGAAGUAAAGGUGCCACUCUGUCAAAUAGAUCUAGCGCAAACGAUUGAGGAAUGGAGGGAACUACAGAGUGUCGAAGGUGAAGGUGGACAGGAUAAUAAACUAGGUGACAUAUGCUUUUCGUUGAGAUACGUACCGACGGCCGGAAAGCUUACGGUAGUUAUUCUGGAAGCUAAGAAUCUGAAGAAGAUGGAUGUCGGUGGCCUCUCAGAUCCUUAUGUCAAGAUCGCGUUGAUGCAGAAUGGAAAGAGAUUGAAGAAGAAGAAAACAUCGAUCAAGAAGUGCACCCUUAAUCCGUAUUACAACGAAUCAUUCACUUUCGAGGUGCCCUUCGAACAGAUACAGAAAGUGCAACUCGUCGUCACCGUAGUAGAUUACGAUCGCAUUGGCACAUCAGAACCGAUCGGGAAGGUAGUCUUGGGAUACAACGCGAGUGGAACGGAAUUGAGACAUUGGUCCGACAUGUUGGCAUCCCCCAGGCGCCCGAUCGCUCAAUGGCACACGCUAAAGGACCCUGAAGAUGGAGAUAAGAAAGAUUAAGAACGUUGACUUUCCAAUUAAGAUAUAUACGGAUAAUUGAUCGAGAGAAAAGGGAACGGAGAAGAGUAAAAGAGAUUGAGAGGGGUGUAGAGAAACGAGAGAGGAGAAAAAGAAAGAAAAAUCUAUAGGGAAAGAUAAAACAAAUCCAUAUUUAAUAGAUAUUAAUAAUCUAUGAUAAACGAUAAAAAUACCAACCAUAUGAAGGAUUUAACAUUAAAAUAAUAUGUUCCCACAUGGAGAGUGUAGUGUCUUGUAUAUAUACAUAUAUAUCUAAUAUACUUCUCUCUGUAGAUGUAACUUUAAAUGAUUUCAAGUAACGCGUCCUUUUUGAGAUAGCAAUCGAGCAAGGAAAACAUUUGAGAUUUGCAAAAAAAUAUCGAUGCUUCAAGGAAAUAUUUACAUCAUGUUAUCUCUUAGAUAGGCUUCCAUCUUGAUUCGUUCGUUUGGUGUCACAAGUUUCCGUAAUAUACUUUCUAAAGACAGACAUCGUUCACGUUAUGAAGAAGUAUAUAUAUGAUAUAUAUAUAGUUGUGUCGUCCGUAAAAAUAGCGGCAUAAUCUUCUUCCGAGGGAAGAAACAUAUAUAGCGACGAUAGUGAGAACGUUCACAGUUGUGUUGUCUAUAUGCGAAAUGAUAAUAAUGAAUGGUUAUGUAUCAUCCGGAUUCGCAAAAAAUCUCGAAAUGUGGAUUACAAUCUGCAAAUUGAAGGGCUCAGUAAAAAGGUAAAAAAAAGGCAAAAUUACAAAGUUGAAAAAUUUCAGGUACUAUUUCAAGCACUAUUCGCAAAGGCAAAAUUAUAACUUGUAAUAAGCUAUAAUUAAAUCAAUAUAAAAUUGUUUUUUUUUUUUCAUUUUUAGAGACAUUUUGGGCUUUUGUAGAAAAAUAAUUUUAUAUACGUACAUAUGUAUAUGUAAUUUACGUAUUGUCUUGUAUUUUUGUCUCUCGCGCCUAUUUUUGCUUAAUUUUUCUUUUACCGAGUCUUUUAACGAAACAUUGACGCGGACCGUCGCCGUCGUUCAUAUAAUUUCUUCUCGCGAUUAAUUCAUCGUUUCACUUUGGAUUGCUUCGAAAAGAAUCGAAAUCGCGUCGUACACCGAACUCUCCCGUGCACUCAAAAGGUCAAAGCGCGGCUUGGAGCACAUGCAUAAACGUCGCUUUAGAGACGAUGGACAUUUCCGUAUUGAUCCUCGUGUGCAACAGCGCGCGGUGCAUUUUCGUGCAACGCGCGGAGCAAUGCUUUAAUCUGCGAUGUACCUUCGUGUACUAUAGUUAGGCACUUGGUUUAUGCACCAUUUGUACGGAGAACUCACGAUUAAGAUGAAACAAAUAACGUGACCACGUCAGGAGAAUUAUCGUUCGAUUUAAGUAUAUCAGACACUGAUUCGAAGCACUUACAAUUAGAUCCAGUUACUCGCGGAAAUGACUUCCUACAAUUAAAUAAAAAGACACGAUUUUGUAAUUUGACGAUAUUUUACACGUAGUAAGAAGUACGCGUAAAGUAAUAUAUAUGAACAAAAAGUUAAUGAAUUUAUUAUAUGAAACUAUAUAUAAUUUAUAUUCCGUUAUAUU